GCAGUCAUUAUUGCUAGACGAAGUAGAACGUUUGCGUUGUGAAACUUUUUCAAUAAACUAAGGUUUGCCAUGUAGUGGAGCUUUAAAAAAAAAAAAAAAAAAAAAAAAAGAAUCACUGGACUUUUUUUUGUUGCGAAGAGCUUAUUGUUGUUUAUGAAAUUUUAUUUGAUUUCAAACGAGUGAAUAGCGUGGAAAUACAGCGCAGCGUUCGACACUACCAGAAAGCGCUAAAGAAAUUUAAACCCUUUGAUAACGAUUUGCUUGUCUAGCGGAUUUUAAUACUUUAUUUUAUUUACUCUUUAGCUGACGAUUAGCGAUAAGGUUGCAUAUGUGAUAUAAAUUGUUAGAUUCCACAAAUGAAAUUCUGAUUUUGUGCGAGAUUGGUUAUUUUGAUAAAGUUGACCUUUACGCUUACCAUCAUAUGUGAUCUGCAUAUCUCGAGUUCAUCAUAAAAAAGAAAUUUAUAAUAAACGAACACAUUCUAAUAUUACUUAAGAAUCGAUCAACAAUAUUUAAUCUGAUUAUAUGUAGAAGAAUUAAGAAUUCUCUUUGGGAAUGGCAAAUGGAGAUGCGUAACUUGCUGUGAGUCAAAUCAGAACAACCUCGAACUGUUUUACAAGUAUAGAAUAAACUUUUUGAAUUAACCCAGAUCCGAAUACAAUAGUAAUUUGAAAAUGUUCUGGCUUUAAAAUUAUGAAGAUAUCAUAUGAUCAGCUGAUCAUGCUUCGGACAGUAUUUAGAAGACGGUCCCUGACAGGCUAGUUGUCCCUUCAAAGGCUACAGAAGCCUAUACAGACUCAAGCCAGACGUCUGCCGCCAUGCAGACCGAGAGCCUCUCGCGAGGGAUCGGCUACAUUAUUUUCCUCGUCAUCGCUGCAGGCUAUACUUUUGGCCAUGAAACAUACUGUGCAUAUUCCAAAAUGUCUGUUGUCAAAGUCUCUGUCACAGAGAAAUCAUCAACUGAUGAAGAACUUGAGCCCAUCAAAACAGGGGAGUUAUUGGAUGGAAACCAUACUGAAAGAUGCCCUAAUACAAAAUCUUGCUAUGCACUAUGGCAAGAAGAUAAUGUAAAUAAGACUGUUAUUAUUGCACAAGGUUGCUGGGCUGCAGCUGAGUUUGAUUGCAGUGAAGGUGUUUGCAUUGCAAGUGCCAAGAAGCCUCAGAAAAAAUACAACAACACAACAACAAAAUUUUGUUGUUGUUAUGGGGACAUGUGCAAUGUGAACGUUUCAGAAUCCUUCUUACCUUCUGAGGAAAAUGAAGCAACUCCAAGAUAUGUGGAACAUGCCUCAUAUGACACUCAGACUGUGAUAAUUGCUGUUGCCACCAUGUGUUCAUUAGCUGUCAUAAUCAUGCUUGCUGCCUGUUUUGCGUACCACAUGUGUUCAUCUUCCCCAAAACCUAGUCCUGAUUCUGUCUGUCUAAUGGAACCUCCACUGCCACCAUCUCCAACAUUUAAUCUAGACAGUUUGAAGAUUGCAGAAAGUAUCGGCAGGGGCCGAUAUGGCCAUGUAUUUCGAGGGACUCUAUACAACCAGUCUGUUGCUGUAAAAAUAUUUUCAUCUCAGAAUCGCCAAAAUUAUAUAAAUGAAAGAUAUAUCUAUUGUCUUCCUUUUAUGGAUCAUUUGUGCCUUCCCAAGCUCCUUGGGGCUGAGGAGCGUACUGGUGUAGAUGAAAAACCCGAGUAUCUGCUAGUUCUUUCUUAUGCCCCAAAUGGCUGUUUGCAGGAUUAUUUAACAAAUAAUACUAUCGAUUGGCCGUGGUUCUGCAGAAUGGCUCAAAGUAUCACUCAAGGUCUUGCUCAUUUACACAUGGAAAUUAGAAAAGAAGGUAAAGUAAAAAUGUGCAUUGCUCAUCGGGACUUGACAUCAAGAAAUAUCCUUAUUAAAGCAGAUGGAAGCUGUAUGCUGUGUGACUUUGGUUUUGCUAUUUGUAUAUCAGGCUCUAAAUACUACAUUAAUGGAGAAGAACAAGUUGCUGAGUCAACUUCUCUUAUGGAUGUUGGAACAUUGCGUUAUAUGGCACCUGAAGUACUAGAAGGAGCUGUCAAUUUACGUGAUUGUGAAUCUUCUUUAAAACAAAUAGAUGUAUAUGCUUUGGGUUUGAUACUAUGGGAACUUGCAACCAGAUGUACUGAUCUUUUCCAAGGAGUAGAGGUGCCAGAUUAUAAAGCUCCAUUUGUUGCUGAAAUUGGAAAUCAUCCCACCAUGGAACAAAUGCAAGUCCUUGUUGCUAAGCACAAAGCUCGACCUUUAUUUCCUGACAUAUGGAAAGAUACUAAUCCAGCUGUAAGAGCUCUAAAAGAAACUAUUGAAGAUUGUUGGGAUCAAGAUGCAGAAGCUCGACUUACUGCCCUUUGUGUUGAAGAAAGGCUUAUAGAACUGCCAGUACUUUGGGAUCGAUAUAAAUCUGGUACCGCUAUUCAAGGAGUAAGUCCUACAGUAAAUCCAAUGUCGGCAUCACAAACUCGAACUAGCAAUGGUACUAUUCAAUCAUCGGGUAAUGGUUGGUUCAGGGGGUCAACUUUUGAAAUGCCAGUAAUGAAAAGCAAUGCAGAAGGUGUAAGCCCUACAAAUUGGGGCUUGGAUAACCGAUAUAGUGGCGACUUCAGCAUGUCUGAAAAUACUGCUGAAACUACUAUAACUAUGUCACCAUGUGAAUUAACACCAAGGUCAUGUCCAAGUAAUUCUAGUAGUAAUGGUUAUAAUCUUAAAAACUUAACAGCAAACAAUGUCGUUACUUCUAAUCUAAGAGUCACAGUACCUUUGCAACCAUAUCAAGGCAAGAAUCCCAUCAUGGAACGUAAUUUAAUAAUCGAGCCAGUUGAAGAUGUGACCAUCAGUGGAAAUACUUUAAUCGAGAGAGGGGAUAAAUUUAGUUCUCGUAAUAAUUCUGCCAACAGUUUUAAUUUGGAUGCAGACCUGUUCAAUACUCUUCAAACAAAUGAACAGUCUGAAAGUAAUGCUUUGGUACAAAAUGAUGUAUUGAGUCAUUCAACACGUGCAGUUAAUCCAAUACCAUAUGUACAGAAUGCAGUUCACAUUGUCAGCACCAUGCCGAAGCAGCCCAAUAUUCCCGGCAAUGGCCAUUCCUUACAAAUGGGAAAUGGUGCUGUGAAAUCAGGUAAAAAGGAAGAGCGAGGAAUUAUAACUGGAUUUAAAAAUUUCUUCAAAUUUCCAAAAAGUACUUCAGUUGCUGAGCCAAAUCCAACUAUUCCCAAACAUAUAGAAGGGUCAACAGUUCCCAAAGCCGUAGAACCUCCAACUGUUAAUGUGCCGAAGUUGCAUAAUAAAGUUCCAAAACCUUUAGGUGUUACAAAUUUAACCAAAACACAAAGUAUGGAUACCGAAGUUUACAUUAUGGAUCCAAAUGAUGAAUUCAGUAUGACGCAAACAGUUGUACGUCCUGUAGCAAACAGACAAGUUUAUAGUCAGACAGUACCUGAAGAAACUAAUGUAAAGCAUUUUGAAGGAGAUAGUAGUAAAAAGUUUCCUUUUCAAAAUGGAUUUGUUCAAAGUCAAACACAUCCUCAGUUGUGUUCUGAUAAUAAUCCUAAGAUGAAAAGACCUAACACAUUACCAAUAGCAAAGUUAGAAAGCUGUAAAACUACUGCUAAUAAUUUAGCUCCAAACCCAUUGAAAAUAAUAUCUGCAGGAAGUGAAUCAAGUGUGAAUCAACUGGGUCACCAAGUAAAUGCCGAAAGAGAAAAUAGAGGUGAUAAUUCAGAUGGAGCUAAAUCUAAUCAGUCAAAAAAUGCUAGAUUUUCAUUAUAUGAUGAUCGUAUAAUGACAUCUAAUACACGUUUAUAUCAACAGAUAGAGCACCCCCCCUGUAAAUUAGGCUCUCCUCAUAUUUCUGCAUCUGUACCAUUGUCCAUUGAUUCACUCUGUGAGUCUGAAGUUACUAGUUUUCAUAAAACUUUUCAGUCGCAACCCAGAACUAAUGAUAAUCAGUAAUUUAGCUCCUUUAAUUAUUAAUUAUAAAAUUUUAUCAUUCAAAAUAAGAAAUGAACUUUUGUAUGAAUUUAUCUGCUGGCUGUGCUUGUACAAGUUAACUUUCAUGUUUUCUUUAAAAUUAUAUGUGCAUAAAGACUUUUUGAAUAGGUGUUAUGUUUUUUUCAAAAACGAAAAACGAAGCAUCCCUGAAAAAAAACUGUAAAUGUACUUCUUAUUUUUUGCAAGCUAGCAGUUAAAAGCAUUUUAAUUGUUUGUAUGAUCAACAAGAAAAAAAAGUUUGGAAAUGAAUUAUUGAUAAAAUGAAAUAUUUUAUAUAUAGCAUAAUAAGGUGUACCUUUCUGAUCAUAUGAUGAUUCUAAUCUGUUUUCCCAGAAGCAUAAUUGUAAUAUAUAUAUUAAAGCACUAAUUAUACAAAUGAAAGAAAAGUUUUCCAGUAUUGAAACUACCUGAAUGAAACCUCUAAGUACAUACUAUAAAAGUACUUCUUUCUAGUUGCUCAUCUUACAUUUUUAUUUAUUGCUGUUCUUGAAUUGAUCACAGUUAGAAUCUGCAGAUCCCAAGAUUUUUAUGUAUAUAAAUAGAGUGAAUUGUAAGGUGUAAUAUGUUGAUUGUGUUAGUAGUUAGAAAUAGUCAAAAGCUUUUUUGCUGUAAAAACAUGCAUUAUUAAGCAGAUGCUUACUUUUAUUUCAAAACUGUUUUUAUCUUACUGAUGUUCAAAUUGACAUAUUUGAUGUGUUUGAAUUGGGAUUAUUGUUUAAAAAUAUUUAAAAUGUUAAGAUGCAUCAUUCAAUUACAUUACAUUCCUGACUUUUUAAGAUAAAAUCUGAAUUGAAUUUUGCAGUUAAAUCAAAGACAAGUAUGCUUUUGCCUACUUUUAGAUAGAACAUAUUUAUUUUGUAUCUUAGCAUGCAAGUUAUGCAGGAUUUAUUAUAUACAAAGGUCUGUAGAUUACCUGCAUUCUAUUAAGUUCAAAUUCUUCAGCUAGCUUUCCUGUAGUAAAUUAAAACCAUUUUGAUCUGACAAUGUGAUAUGUGCAAAGUGUGGUAAAACUAUAGAAUGUUUUAAUUUUGUUUUAUAUCAAAGAAAGCUUUUUAUAGCAGUAGACGCUGCUGUUAGCAGUCAUGAUAUAUACAUAUAUAAAAAUAAAUGCAUCUAUAUAAAUAUAUAUAUUAAAAAUUGUGAUAAACUAUUAUUGUUAUUAUAUUGUUGGCUGUUGAACGUUCCAAUUGUGCAUCAAGUGUGCAAAAGUUUUCUUGUGUUCUUUUGUUGUGACUAUGUAAUAAGAAUGCCUCAGUACAUGGAUUAAUUAAAAUAUUAUAUAAUUAAUACAAACAGAUUUGAUUUUAUGUUGGUAUAUUUUAUUUGUGUGAACUAUAAAAAAAUUAUAGCAUUUGAUCAUAUGAAUUGGGAAAAGAGGAUACGGUAUUAAAAAUAAUAAUAAUAAUAAUAAUAAAAAAAAACAUCUAUAAAAUUUUUAAGAUGCAUGUAAUUUAUUAAACUUGUUUGAAAAUGUAAAUAAAACAGAUUAUAUCAGUAUCUGGUUUGCUAUGUUUGGAGACUAAAUGAAAAAGUGAUGCAUAGUCAUUGAUACAUUGGUGUAUUUGGUUGUUUGAAUAGAAUCUGUUACUAUCUGUUCUAUUUUCAUGCAGAAUUUCUUUCUAUAUUAUGACACAGAACAACAGCAACAACAACAACAAAAAAGAAAAGAAAAAAAAAAAAAAAAAAAAGAGAAAAAAAA